AAAAACUACUGCCUUUCACUCUCGCCCCAACGCGGCCACGUCCAGUCGCCCCCAGACGGCUAGAGACUAUCGCUCCGCCGGUCGCUGCUCCGUCAACCUCAGCAACAGCCGGCAACUCUAUCGCCCACUGAAGUAGCCUCACGGAGUUACGCUGUCAUGACUCUCAAUUUGGAUCCUAUUGCGAUUCACUUAUAAUGGAUUGUAAGUAACUAUUGCAUGUCAGAUGAAGCGUGUUGGAAAUACAGGUAGGAUCAAGCAGAGUACACCAUCCAGAAUAAAGACCAAUGCCCCGAAUGCAAUGCCUGAAUGCCAUCCCCAUCUCUGCUGCAGUCCCACUUGCCAGAAGGCUCAUGUCAAGCCUCGCUUGCCGCAAUCUGUUCAUCGGAGGCCUUUCAUACGACACCAAUGAAGCUGUCCUUAAGGGAGCUUUUGAGAGCCAUGGUGAAUUAAUUGAAGGAUACAUUGUAUUGCGUGUUUUAGUGAAGGUAAUAUGUGACCACAAAAGUGGGAAAUCCAAGGGCUAUGGGUUUGUGAAAUUUGAGUCUGAAACUGCAGCAAGCAAGGCUUUAAAGGAAAUGGAUGGCCAGUUAUUGGAUGGCAGAAGUAUAAGAGUCCAUUAUGCCCAGAAAGGAUGACUUCCAAGGAUACCACACAUGAUACUUUAGUUUCUGCGCAGUGAGCAAAAAUCUAGUCUCUGUCGAUCAGUUGAGUCACCAUGGUUUUUUCCUCUACUAUCUUGUCGGGCCGAGGUGUAGGGGCGCUUGGGGUGGGCGAAUUCACUUACUUUUAGUGGCCCCUUUUCUGUGUCUGUAUGGUGUAACAACUGGAAUUCUUGGGGUCCUCUUGGGUUCAAGUUGGUUCAAAAUGAUGAAAAUUAUUUUUCAAACAGAAUAGUUACAAGAUGUACCAAAUAAAUUCAU